AUGAACCAACAACCCGACCAUUACUUCCCGGCCUACGCGAUGAGCGCCGCAAACCGGUCCCCCCGCUCUUCGAGACCGGGCUACAACACCACCACUGGUCAUCCCGGCCUCAGCCGUUUGGACCAGCGGCAAAUGGACCCUGCCGUCCAAGCUCCCACAGCGCUUUUUGCGGCCGAUGACCGCUUCGGUUCGUACGAUGGCAAUGCCUUCAGGCACAAUAGAAUGCAACCCUCGCCAGGCUUUGCGGCGGACAACUUCAUGGGCAAUGCCCAGGCCUGGGCCUAUAACUCGGGUGCAAGCACCGUGACCGGUGCGCUAGGCGAUGGAAGGCUUCGUUCAGGCGCCCGGAGGGCAAUACCCCAGGAGUGGACCAUGCCCGAACAGCCCGGCCUCGGAAGCCAACCACCGCCCCCGGUCCCUUCUGCUCAAUAUCCUGCAGUUGGUAGCUUCAACCCGGCCAUGAACCUCAUGAACGGCGACGGAGCAUUUCCAAGCGAACGUCACGGCUACCCGACCAACAUGUACGAUCCUCGCCAUGAGGCCAAGGCAUUGGGCAACGACCUAAUCCCGACUGCCAUAGUCAUCAAAAACAUACCCUUCAAUGUGAGGAAGGAGAUGCUUACGACCAUCAUGUCCGAGCUAGGGCUGCCGCAGCCGUAUGCGUUCAACUACCAUUUCGACAACGGCAUCUUCCGUGGCCUCGCUUUUGCCAAUUUUCAGAACCCGGUCGACACGCAGACCGUCAUUGAGCAAUUAAACGGCUACGAGGUUCAGGGCAGGAAGCUGAGGGUUGAGUACAAAAAGAUGCUACCUGAGCACGAAAGAGAGAGGAUUGAGCGGGAAAAGCGGGAGAAGCGCGGUCAGCUCGAGGAGCAGCAUCAGCCCAUAACUCUCCAUUCCCAAUCCUCGAUGCAUUCGUUGAACGCGGCACACACGUCCCGGACUCGAAACUCGCCGUUGCGCAAGUCUCCUGCGGAGGCUCCCGCGAGAAGCGCGGCCGCGAACCCCCAUGCGGCCCCUGGAGAUGUGGACCUUAACAACCCGGACACGCUGAGCUUUUACACCGAGUUGAUGCUCUUCAAGAGCGAUCCGAGUCGCGAGAUCAUUGUUUUCCCCAGUACCAUUACCCCCCAGCAACGGCGUACCGUUCACAUCCUCGCACAUAACAUGGGUCUCGAACACCGGUCCGUGGGCGAGGGACAACACAGGCAGAUCCAUGUUAUCAAGGACAGCGGGGCUGCGCCAGCCAUCCACAUGCCUCCAGGUGUCUCCGCUGAUGCCCACCGCAGGGGUUUGAGCCGCGCCGCCACGAUUGACUUUGCCGAAACGCGCGGUAGCGUGCCCGGUCAGUACAAUACGCUAGGCAGACAGGGUCGCCAUGGCCCGACCCUGGAACUUCCCGACAGCCCGGAUGGCGGUCUGAAUGCGCUUCGCGGCGUCAAGUCGUUCGCCGAUCUCCGGUCCUACACGCCGAGCCCGUCCUUGUCCACCACAUCGGGAUACCCCCAAGGGAACAGCGCCCACGCGACGAACGUGGCUCAGUACGGUGAGUACAGCGCCAGCCUCGGCCAGCCCAGCGCUCUGACGACACCAACCACGCCGGGCGCUGCCUCGAACAACGAACCGUCAUCCAUGUUGAUCGGGGAGCUAGGCUCGCUAAAUCUGAACGAGUCAUUCAAUGGCAACCGGCUGCGACCUCGGGAUACUCCGGGUGCCAUCGGAAGCCAGCGCCCCGGCCUGAACGGAACCAGCACCCGCAGCGUGCCGGAGCGCCAGCCUCACGGGCCCAGCGGCGAUUGGGGGGAGAAAAUUGGUUUCGGGGGGCGAGGCCGGACCAAUGGCCACAUCCAGCGAGGCAGUGACUCGUCCGACAACGGGGUUCGCACAACAUCCUCCUCGGCGUCGAGGUUCCAGUAG